CAUCCCUCCCAAAGUGUUUUAGUACGGCUUAGUGGUUAGUUUAAGAUUUCGAGAGAGGGGAAGAACAACCAAUAAAAGUAAGGAAUGAUGAAUCUACUAGCUUUGAGUCUUGUCUUGAGUACUUUACUAGCGGCGGAGGUAUGGUCUCCGAGCCCAGCCAUGACCACCAACCACGGGGCGGCGUCUCAGGGAGACAUCAUCGUCAAAGACGGCCACCGAGUUGUGGUGGUUGAGUACGAUCGUGAUGGUAAAACAAACACCAGAGUCUCGAUCUCGCCACCAUCGGCGGAUCAAGGAGAAGGAGAUAACGAAGAAGGGAAGGGAGGUUCUUUGUUUAAAAAUGCGAAAGAGAGAGUUAAAGAAACGGCGUCGCAUCUUCCACACGUCGGCCAAGGGAUCUCACAGCCGGUGAUUGAGACCAAGGAAGAAACAGAGGAGGUGCGUGAUCAUCACGCGACGGCUGGGGAACUCAUAUGCGAUGCCUUCGGUAAGUGCAGGCAGAAGAUCGCGAGUGUGGUGGGUCGGGCUAAAGAUAGAACCGCUGAUACUGUCGGCGAGACUUCUUCCGAUGUUGAAGACGCUGCCGGUCGUAAGGCUCACGAUAUGAAGGAGACGGUUACACAUGCGGCACGUGACCUGGAAGACACGGUGGCUGAUAAAGCCCGAUAUGCUAAGGAGAAGGUAACAGAAAAAGCCCAUGAUGUGAGAGAGAGUGUGGGUCAUAUAGCCCAUGAUGCUAAAGAUAAGGUGAGGGAUAAAGCAUAUGACGUGAAGGAGACGGUGGCCCAAAAAGCCCAUGAAUCUAAGGAGAGGGCGAAAGAUAGAGUGAGGGGAAAGGCACACGAAUUGAAGGAAACGGUGGCUCACAAGUCCCAGAAUGCGUGGGAGAGAGUUAAGAAUGGGGUGCGUGAGUUCGGGUCAGCGGCUGUGGGGGCGCUUAGUCCGACAAAGGUAGCGAGCGUGGUUGGGCUGACUGGGAUAGCUGCGGCGUUUGGGACUUGCGUGUGGGUGACGUUUGUGUCAAGCUACGUUUUAGCGUCGGUGUUGGGGAGGCAACAGUUUGGUGUAGUGCAGAGUAAGCUGUAUCCUGUUUAUUUUAAGGCGACCUCUGUGGGAAUCCUUGUGGGUUUGUUGGGUCACGUGCUUAGCCGCCGGAGGAAACUGCUCACCGACGCCACGGAGAUGUGGCAAGGGGUUAACCUCUUGUCCUCUUUCUUUAUGAUUGAGGCUAACAAGUCAUUUGUUGAGCCACGUGCCACCAAGGCAAUGUUUGAGCGGAUGAAGGCGGAAAAAGAGGAAGGAAGAGGAGGAGAGAGGACGAGUAGUGAGCAGGAGCUAAGGCGGAAACUGGAGAAGCUGAGCGAGAGGCUGAGCAAGCUCAACACAUACUCGUCUUGGUUAAAUAUAUUGACGCUCAUGUCUCUAACAUGGCAUUUUGUUUAUCUCGGCCAGAGGCUUGGCACCGCUUGUUGAUCCAUACUUUUGCUGUCUGAAACCCUAACUUUUUUGUUGUUGUUGUUGUCUUUGGUAGCAUGGUUUUUCUGAUUUGUUGUUGAAAUUUUAUGUAAAAUAUUUUGUAAUUAGGCCAUGCCUUCACUUUUGGGUUAGAAACUUGAAGCUUGUUUUUA